CUCAGUGUGUGUCAGUCCCAGAGAGAGGGAGUUUUCUCUGCGUCUUUUUCGUAUUAUAAUUAAUAUUAUCGAACGAUAGAUAGUUAAUCUAACUAUUUAAACGGUGUAUAAAUACGCCACGUACUGUAAAUUCACCGAGUGAGUAAAAAGGAAAAAGCGACGCAGAAAAACGGAAAUGUAAUGAAGGUUGGAGUGAGUGAUCUAAAGACUCAAUCCGUAGUUCUUGCUUGCACUCGUAGCUAUGGAACCGGUUCUUGAACCAGCACCGUACGUGAACUCAAAUCCGUUGCCUAUACCGCCUCCUUUGAACUCGGUGCCGCCUUUUUUGAGCAAAACAUACGACAUGGUUGAUGAUCUUUCCACCAAUGAGGUCGUUUCUUGGAGCAGCGGAAACAACAGCUUCGUCGUCUGGGACGUUCCCGAGUUCUCGAAGGUGUUCUUGCCUAAGUACUUCAAGCACAACAAUUUCUCCAGCUUCGUCAGACAGUUAAAUACUUAUGGAUUCAGAAAAGUUGAUCCAGAUCGAUGGGAAUUUGCAAAUGAGGGAUUUCUAAGAGACCAAAAACAACUACUAAAGGGUAUUACAAGGAGGAAAUCAUCGCAUGUGCAGCAACAAACUCAAGUUCAGAACUCAUCUCUUGCUCCUUGUGUCGAGGUAGGGAAGUUUGGAAUAGCGGAAGAAGUGGAAAGACUCAAGAGGGAUAAGAACGUUCUUAUGCAUCAACAACAGGCCACCGAGAACCAGCUGAAGGACGCGGUGCAGAAAGUUCAGGCGAUGGAGCAGAGGCAACAGCAGAUGAUGUCGUUUUUAGCGAAGGCUGUUCAGAGUCCAGGCUUCUUGAACCAGUUAGUAGCACAACAGAGUAAUGAUGGUAACAGACAGAUUCAGGGAAGCAGUAACAAAAAGAGGAGGCUUCCUGGGGAGGAGGCUAAUGAUGUUGAUCGUCAGAUUGUUAAGUAUCAGCCAUCCAUAAAUGAAGCAGCGCAAACUAUGCUUCGACAGUUCUUGAAUAUGAGUAGCUCACCUGAGUCUGAAUCGGUUCCAAACAAUCCUGGCAGUUUCAGUCCUAGCUCUCUGAACUCCUCGAAUACAGUUUCUGGAGUAACACUGCCCGAGGUUUCACCCGACUCAGCUCAUUCAGCAGCAAUGAACCAAGUACCUGAUGCAGGUUUGGCUCAUCAUCCUCAAGCUGGUCUGGUUCAUCCAAACUUAGGUCCAAGUCCAGCUGCAGCUACUUGGAGCCCUGAAUCUGAAUGCAAGACGGGUAAUGGAGAGUGUUUGGAUCCAAUAAUGGCUGCUUUAGUUGGGUCGUUGGAGAUGGAAGGCGAUGCAGUUUCUCCUGAAGGUGAGGAAGAGGUGAAAGAGUUACUGGUCCCUCAGCUGCCUGGAGUCCAAGACCCAUUCUGGGAACAGUUUUUUGCUGAUGAAGCCCCAGUGAGUGGAGAGACAGACGAGACUAUAUCAGGGUCAGUGGAGAAUAAUGACUUGGCAAUGGAGCAAGAACUGAGGGAGUGGACUAGGGAUCAACAACAAGUGAACCAUAUCACUGAACAAAUGGGGUUUCUUUCUUCGGAAACACAUGGAGGUAAGAAUGAAAAACAUGUUCUCUGCAUUAUUGUUCUGCCAUUUGUCUUUCACAGGUGUAUAUUUUUCAGGGGAGGUUGUGAAGGGGAUAUGAACGGAGGUGGAGGAGAUAUAUCAUAGGGUUUGACUUUCACAUGCAUAAAACCUACGAAAAGAACAAACAAUGCAGCGCCAACGUACUUGUGAAUAGUCCUUUAGAGAUGACUCUUUGUGUUUUUUUUUUGUUACAUGUUGCUUGUUUACAACGGCCUUCAUGUUCAAUUAUCAACCACUAUGAUAAUC